AAUUUGAUAAUAUAAGCCAGAGUUUAAUUUAAUAGUAAUUUGAAUUUAAAUUUUGUUAUUUACAUUUUUGACAUUAUUUGCAAAUUGAUAUAUUAGUAUUUAACAUAAUUAACAAAUGUUAAGGAUCUCUAAAAUUCUAUAUUCAGACCAUUUAUCAGUAAUUCUACAAGCCUUCAUCAGCUGCAGAUCAAGGGACUUUGUUUCAAUUGCGCAAUGUCCUGCAGAGACGAGACGUUAGUGGGCCAGAUGGUGUCACUGAGAAUUUUAGGUCUCACAUGACAUUCAUCAGGGACUGUUUAGAUACCUUUCUCCUCACAGCCUGUAUGGAGGUGUUGGAAAUCAAGAGCCUUGAUGAAAAACCUAAAAGGACCAUUCUUCCAGAAUUAUUACAUCUUCAAAGUAAAGAAGACCAGUAUGAUUGGAUAAAAGAGCUUUGUUUCCAGAUCUUGGACACUUUUGUCUACAUUGAAGAAGAUAGUUUGCCAACUGUCACAGCACAAGCUGCAGAAAUGGACAACAAGGAGCUUUUGAUGAGUGAAAUGUAUCAAGAUGAAUCAAAGCAGUGUGUUUGCACCUGUAACCGAAAGUACAAGACAAAAGGUCACUUCAAGAGACAUCUGCAAAAUGAACACAACUGGGUGUUUCAUACAACAGAAGAGGAAACUCCCGAAUCAGCAACAUCAAAGCAAGACCACAUAGCUCUGUGGCGUUCAUCAUUUAUGAAACUUGCAUUAUUACUUAGGGACACAGAGGAUGCUUUCAAAUUUGGUGAUGGAACACGUAUAUUUAGAAAUGCAAAGUUUGAAAUGAUGUGUGCUGAUAUUGCUAACCAUUCCAAAUAUAAACUGUGGCUUUGGAGACUCUUAGCCUACGAGUGUUCUCUCCUAUCACCACGUGAGGCAUUUGAGUACAAGUGGAAUUGUUCCUCAAAUAUUCAUGGAGGGACUGGGAAAAAUAUCCCUAAUGACAAUCUCGUUGAAAUAUGCGUACAUGUUAUAAAGAAGAAAAUGAGACAGCAGGGUGCAAAUCUAACUUAUGAAAGUGCUAAGAAGAUUGCCUCUUGUGUGCAAAUGCAGGAAGAAAUAAAGUCCAGUGUUCAGAAACAGCUUGGCAUGAAAACCUCAAGUCAAUCCAAACCUACUGUGGAUAAGAAAAAGAUCUUCAACUGA